GAACGAGCAGAAGGCAAGGAGGAACAGUACCUGUGUGAAAAAUACACUGGGCUCUUCAGGAUGGACUUUUGUCCUGUGGUGUCAUCUGACUUGAGUGAGGCUGAACAAGCUGAAAUAGAGACAAUCAGGCAGCAUAGAGAGGAGCUUUUGGAGGACAUUAAGAAGCUGAAAGAAGAAAUUGCUGAAGUGUUUGCAGAGAUAGAGUGCUUCCAAAACGCAGAGGAGGGGCGAGAGGCAGACCUUAUCCACGGGGAACACACCAGCAAAUUAUCACAGAAGGAUAAACUUCUGUCCCUGGGCCGGAAGAAGUUCAACAUGGACCCUGCAAAGGGGAUCCAGUACCUCAUAGAGCACCAGCUGUUGUCUUCAGACCCUCAGGAGAUCGCCAGAUUCCUCUAUAAGGGUGAAGGCCUGAACAAGACAGCCAUUGGGGAUUAUCUGGGUGGGAGGGAUCCCACAAACCUUCAGAUUCUCCAAGCCUUUGUGGUGUGUCACCAGUUUGCCAACCUUAACCUGGUCCAGGCACUGAGACAGUUCCUGUGGAGCUUCCGGCUGCCUGGAGAGGCACAGAAGAUUGACCGGAUGAUGGAGGCUUUUGCAAACUGGUACUGCAAGUGUAACCCAGGAGUAUUCCAGUCCACAGAUACCUGCUAUAUACUUUCCUUCUCUAUUAUUAUGCUUAACACCAGCCUGCACAACCCCAAUGUGAAAGACAAACCUCCCUUUGAGAGGUUUGUAUCCAUCAACCGAGGCAUUGACAAUGGAGGUGACCUGCCGGAAGAGCUCUUAAGGAGUCUGUUUGAAAGCAUAAAGAAUGAGCCAUUCUCCAUACCAGAAGAUGAUGGGAACGAUCUCACACAUACCUUCUUCAACCCUAGUCGUGAGGGCUGGCUCCUGAAACUAGGAGGACGUGUGAAAACCUGGAAACGCCGUUGGUUCAUUCUGACCGAUAACUGCCUGUAUUACUUCGAAUAUACCACAGACAAAGAACCACUCGGCAUUAUCCCACUGGAGAAUCUAUCAGUCCGGAAGGUGGAUGAUCCCAAAAAGCCAAAUUGCUUCGAGCUCUUCAAUCCCAACUGUAAGGGGCAGAAGAUCAAAGCCUGCAAAACAGAUGGGGAUGGGAAGGUGGUUGAGGGCAAGCAUCAAUCCUACAAGAUCUCAGCAGCCACACCAGCAGAACGUGAUGAGUGGAUUGAGGCAAUACGGACCAGCAUCACACAGGAUCCUUUCUAUGAUCUUGUCUCAGCCCGUAAGAAGAAGAUUGCCAACAAAAACUGAAUCCUGACCAACAGGAACGUGCAGUUGUUGAGCAGCUUUCUUCCCAUGCUGGGCUCUACCAGUGAAGAAAUUUGGGAGUAUUGAUGCGCUCUACCUCCCACUUGGCAGGAAGAUGAUUGACAGAACAACUUGCCAGAUAUGUUUCUUCCCUUUCCAAACAGAAGGCAGAGGCACAGGGUGCAUUCCAGUGAGGACUGUCAGAGCUGUAGGCAUGGCUUCUCCCAUGUCCUAACAUACACUUGACUGCAAGAUGACCUUUGGAUUUUCACAUACAGCUAUGAGGCAUGCAGGACAGAAUCUGAAGAGAGACUAGAAUGUCUCCAGAAAGUCUCCAUCCCCAGUCAUUCUCUCCAGACAUCAAACCAGGCCUGGAUGUUGUUUUGUGAGGAACCGAGCAGAUGCUUUCUGCACAGCCCAGCAUGGUUCAGUCAAUUGCAGAAUAGAAAAGCCCCAGUAGUUUCUCUUCCAUGAACAGAUGGGCACUGAUGUUGAAGGGAUAUUGGUAUUUAAGAACCACAAUGUGAAACUGGAGGCCAAUGGAAGAUAAGACCUCUGUUCAUAAGAGACCUCCACCUCUAGCAACAACGAGGGAUGCAAUUCUGGAAGGUCUCUGUAGCUGAGGAAGUAAAAGAUGUUGGAGGAAGCAAUAAAGGGAAACUGUAUGUAGAGAGUCUGUGGACCAGAGAAGCAGCUCUAUGUCUUUGUCUCUAUGUUUUGGUGCUCAGGGGCCAGCUCAGGGCUCCCUAGGAAAGAACACCAAACUCUAGCUUUCUUCCUGGCUCCCAAGCAAAGAUUGCUUCCUUGCACUAUUUAAGAGGGCUGGGUUCAGUGUCUGGCAUAAACAGCGUGCGCGCGCACACACACACGCGCACACACACA